AUCCACCCCAACCUCCCACACGCCCAGCACCCAACUCGUCAUCGUUCUCUUCACUACUUCCGAGCCUCCUCCUGGCCAUCGCCGAGCAUCGCCAACUGUGCCUGAUCGCCUUGUCGCUGAGAAACCUUGCCAUUCGAGGUCCUUCUCUGUUCCUCGGCUCCACUACGGCAUCCCGCAGACUCAAAGUACCUCUGCACCCGCUGCCCAACAAAACCACCAACUUCUGAGAAACAGUCGCAUUACCCACCGCCAAACUGUUUGCGUUUACUCUCCGCCGAGCGAAUCCUUCCCGCUUCCUCUCCUUCUUCUCGCUCCCCAUCGCCGCUGCGGCUACUUCGACCCAUCGCACAUCGCCCGCCGCCGGUCUCCCAGUUGCUACGAGCCCAAUCUCAACGCUUGUCACAGGUUCGCGGAGGAUGCAUUCACGGGUAGUCAUCGGCUCGGGGCCAGCAGGCCACACCGCAGCGAUAUAUGCUGCACGAGCUGACCUAAAGCCCGUCCUGUACGAAGGCUUCCUCGCUCUCGGCAUCGCCGCAGGAGGCCAACUGACCACAACCGAUGAAGUCGAAAACUUCCCCGGCUUCACCAAGAUCCAAGGCCAAAAACUCAUGGAGCAAAUGCGCGAACAGUCCGAAGCCUGCGGCACCGAAAUCAUCUCGCAAACCGUCGCCAAAGUGGACCUCAAGUCCCGACCCUUCAAAUACUGGCUGCACCCCAUGGGCGACGACGAGACCAUCGAGGACGAAGUGCACACGGCCGACUCCAUCAUCAUCGCCACGGGCGCCAAAGCCCGCCGACUCAACCUCCCCGGCGAGGACAAAUACUGGGGCAACGGCGUGUCGGCGUGCGCCGUGUGCGACGGCUCGCUGCCCAUGUUCCGCGACCAGCCGCUCGUGGUGAUUGGCGGCGGCGACUCGGCCGUCGAGGAGGCCCUGUACUUGACCAAGAAGGCGAAAAAAGUCACGGUGCUCGUGCGGCGCGACCAGCUGCGCGCCAGCCGCACCAACGCCCGCCGCCUCACCACGCACCCCAAGAUCGAAAUCAUGUUCAACACGUCGGCGACGGAGAUCCGGGGCGAGGAGAAGAAGAAUGGCCUCAUGACGCAUCUCGUCGUAAGGAAUAAUGUCACCAAGGAGGAGCAGACGAUUGAGGCUAGGGGCUUGUUUUAUGCUGUGGGUCAUGAUCCCGCGACCCAGCUCUUCAAGGGCCAGCUCGAUAUGGAUGAGGAUGGGUACCUGAUUACGCAGCCGGGCCGCGGCGUCACGAGCGUCGAGGGCGUGUUUGCCGCGGGCGAUGUCCAGGAUAAGCGGUACAGGCAGGCGAUUACCAGUGCGGGAUCCGGCUGCAUCGCAGCCCUCGAAGCGGAGAAGUGGCUCGCCGAGCAGGACGACUCGGUGACGAAUGAAUUGGAGGUGGAGAACCAGGCCGAGAAGAGCCAGAGCAAUGGCAUCGUGCCUGAGUAUCGGUCGAAUCCUCUGCUUUGAGCAGCGGGCCUCGGUUUUCCCGAUCCCGAAUGCAUAUACAGGCCUGAGAAUGAACGUUCAAGCACAUCCCCGUUUCACUUUCAACAACAAACAACAACACUGGGAAUUGAAAGAAAGGAGAAGAGAGCAGUGUAUAUCUCCCCGUUUUUUUCUCUAUAUUGAGCUUCUGCUGUUUCUUGCGCCAAGAGGGAGGGCAUGAUAGACACCCGAGGGUUUACGCGCGCAUGGCAUAUAUCAUAGACUCUUUUUGGCUAUCCGACUGGGAUUUUUUUUGGGUCGCGCAUGGGGGUGGUAGAUAGAUGGGAGAGAGUAAUUGAAGAAGGAUUUGUGUGAA